GGAUUGGCGCAGAUCAGGAAGAAACUGAGACCGGGGAACAGGAGAAGGUCUACGGGAAGGUAAGGGAAGAGGAGCCGAUAGACAAAGUUGCGGCGGCAAAGAAAAAGUUCAGGUAUCAAAUUUCGAUCCUGACUCGCCAGAGAUUGACGACACCUUGAGCAAGCUGCUGGGUACCAUGGUAUCGGUAUCCUUCCAAACCAUGUUGCAAGCCAGUCCAAGGCUGCUUAAAGGACUCAGGCAGUUGCUAACGCGCAAGCGCGUAGAGGUAGAGGAGGCCCCAAAGCCACCGGAGCAGGAGACGGAAGAGGCAGAGGCAACCCAAGGCGUCUCCAACCUCCAAAGGAUUCUAGGGGAUCUGGGGGACCUGGAAAAGGCCUUUGCAGACAUCCGCCUAAGCCUACCGGACCGAGAAGGGGGUGAAGUCAUGAGGGCGCCACCCGGGACGAAGCUUAGCUUCCAUGCCUUGCCCGUAGGAAAGCUGAAGGUCCUAAUCGGAACCCACCACACAGAUGCAUUAGUGGACGGCGGUGCGAAAAUUACCCUCAUACGACGGGAUUUCGCAACGAUUACUGGCUGCACCGUAAACAAAGAAGUGAUGGGGAGUAUCCGGGGCGUUGGCGGGGAGAUUCCCUUUGCAGGGUACGUUACGAAAUGCGGAGCAUACCUAUUCGGAAGACGGUUUAUCCUAAGGAUCAAUCCGACCAAUGUCACCGGGAUGUUAAGGAACUACAAGCCUAUAGACCCGACCGUUGGGAGGUGGAUAGACUUCAUAUGGCAAUUCGACUACAAGGUCGAGCGAAUUGCGGGGCUUCGGAACAUGGCGGAUGGGUUGAGUAGGGUGUGUAUCACGCCGGAAGGAAUAGAGGACGCUGAGCCAAUCGACGCCUUCCUAGAAUAUGAAGGAGGGACCCUGGUCGUGGAUAACGAGAUGGCAGGCGCCGCCCCUACAAUGGACCAACUGCUGAUUCGGACUCUAGAAAAGGGCGAACCCGCCAUAGUUGUGAAACUCAGGGAGGGACCGGUCACCACGUUUAGACGCAGGGAGGAAAAUGACUCGUGGGGAGCAAUGACAGGGCCGGAACAAGAACUGAUGGCAAUGGCCUUUGAAGGGGGACGAGACGCCGUGAUGACCCUAGCAGAAACCUGGGCGAAGAGGGAGAGGCAGUACCUAGUGAAUCAGGCUCAUGAGGAGCAAGACACCGACCAGAAGGGACGAUAAUUCUUCCUUAUCCAGAUGUAUGAUGGCAUCUUUAGGGAAAUCGGUCUGCUGCUUAUAGGAAAUAAGCAGCCUAUGGAAGU